AUUAAUUCAACUAUCCGGUGAUAAAGAGUAUCCUAAGAGUUGGUGCUGGUGAAGUGGUGUGAACUACAAUGAAUAAUCAACACCUGAUCCCUAAGUAUCCCACAUCACUUCUGACAGACACAAACAAUCAUCUUCUAGAGACUUCAGCUUCAAAAACGUUAAAAUUGCCAUGUAUUGGCUCUCCUGUAACUUUGAGUCUGCUCAGUUCCAAGCCAAAGAUUUGCUCAGAACAGCUUCUUAAAUCCCACUUGAAUCUAGGAGAGGAAAACCAUUUUAACCUUCUUGCAAAAGGACCUAAUUUAGUAAAGAACAAUCUUUUAUAUGGUGUCAAAAGCCCGAAGAAUGUUAAAUGCAGUGAUACCAGUAUCAAACUAGAAGGAAAGAAAAGGCUUGUUGGAAAACAAUUACAUAGUACUAACUUCUCCCUGCGAAACAGACAGCUUUCUGAUAGCAUUACAAGAAUCUCCAACACCUGUAAAAGAAGAGAUGACUCAGAGCUGACCAGAGAAGAAGUACACGACUCCUUCAGGGAUGAUAUUGAGAAAGAAAUUAGUGACGUUGCCACUAAAAGUCAGGAUGAUGACAGAGGAAUACAUCUGCUUGAACAAAAUAUGCCAGUAUAUAAUUUCAAAACACUGGUUCUGGAGCAACCUGAACUAGAGAAAUUUCCUGAUAUUGAAAAAGACAUUGUCUUGAUCUCUAGACAACAAGCAUUUUUCAAGGAUACAUUAAAGGUAAAACUUCUAACUACUGUGAGCACCUCUCUUAUCCACAAUCCAAACUUUAGAACAUCUACAGAUACAACUAGAAAAGUUCUUAUGUCUCAGACUGCAGCUGUGGCUUCUUUUGACCCUGAAUUCAUUUUAAAGGUAGCGUUGUAUACCCGACAGGAACUCAACAUUCGUACUACUGCAAACUUCUUAUUAACAUAUGCUGCAUACAUAGAGAGUUGUAGGCCUUUUCUAAAGAAGUACUUCAGUUCAUCUGUCAGGCUUCCUUCAGACUGGAUUGAAGUUGCUGAGCUGUACUUGAGUUUGAAAGAUGAAGGAAUAAACUUGGGAUCUUUACCAGCAUGUUUGAGAAAGGCCAUGAAAGCAAAGUUUCAAGAAUUUGAUCAGUAUCAACUUGCAAAAUAUAAUCGAGGCAAAAAUAGAAAAAAGAAACUUGCUACAACAUUUCCAAAUGCCUAUAAUAAAGGCAUAAAGAGUAAAAGGGAACCUGUUGAAUCUCAGGAAAAUAAAGCACAAACCUACACUGAAAGCAACGAGAUGGAAACUGAGAAGAAAGUAACGCGAUGCAGCUUUACUUUGAAACAACUCAUUCGGCUCUUGCAUAUUACCCAACCUGUGAACCAUGUGAUGUGUUUACUUGGCAAGAAAUAUCCUGAGGAGCCAGAACUGUUUAGAAGAAGUGGACUUCCUGGUGUAUGGGAAGAAGAACGAGCAGGAGUAAGGAUGAAACUACCAGUACCUGAAACAUGGGAAACUCAAGUGUCAGCUCGUGGAAAUAAUGCUGAAGUGUGGCAGGAAUUGAUUGACCAUAAUAAGCUACCGUACAUGGCAAUGUUACGCAACUUGAGAAAUUUGCUGGUGGUUGGAAUUUCAAAAUCUCAUCACAGAAAGGUUCUACAGAAAAUAUCCAAUGAAGAUGCCGUUAUCAAAAGUCGUCAGUUUCCACUUCAGUUUUUCUCUGCAUACCAGGCAAUAAGUGAGCUGGAGAAGUUACUGAAGAACAGUAAUCUUAAGAAAAAUCCAUCUUUUGUAACUUGCAAAUCACUGAAAUCAAUGAAAACUCCUCCUAAAUGGAAAAUCAAACAACAGGAAAAAAUAUCAAAGAGAAUGAAAAACUUUGACCGUCGCCUAUUGGAACAGUACAGAAACGCAGUGAAUAAUGCAGUUGAGAUUGCAGCUCACCAUAAUCUUGAUCCAAUUUCAGGGAACACUUUAGUUAUCUGUGGUAUGAUGUCAUCUGCUGGAAAAGAACAGCAGACUUUAAAGAAAUCUCCCAGCAAUAUGAAUAAGCCGUACCAUGGAGCUUUGCUGUUGGGGAUGAUGUGUUUAUUUACUUGUGAAGAGUGUGAAAUGAAAAUUAUUACUGGUGCUGUAAACAAAGGUUGGGAAACUGCAUCUUUACAGGAUACGUCUAUACUAGAAAAUGUUCUUCGUAUGGCCAAAUAUUAUGAGAAUGAAGAUGGAGAUGUCUACAGUCCAGCAGAAUUUUACGACAGUCACUUUGAGAAGCUACUGCGAGAAUACUUGUUCCUUCCUACAUCUAAAAAGACAUGGGAACUCAAAAGCAUCAUGUUUAAAAUUGUUUUCAUACCUCACUCACCAGGUGGUGGGACAAAACAUGGUACAACUGCUCGUGUACCACAGUUUAACAGUUUGGCUGAAACUGUCCAUCAAAAUGAUGUUUACAUUUCAGGUUUCAGUGACCAACUACUUCGUUUCGUUGCAGAAAGAGGAAAUGGAUCACAGAUGACCUUUGUGGAAAACAUUGACAAAAAAUACAAUCUGAGAUCACUUCCAAAGCCAGCAUUAAUGAAAAAAACUGAGGAUCAUAUUGAACAACAACUUAAUACGCUAAGUACUCCUUAUCUGGCAUAUACUCCAAAAUGGAAAACGGUCAAAGUUUUCAUCUCUUCAACAUUCAAGGAUAUGCAUGGAGAGCGGGAUUUGUUGGUUCGUUAUGUCUUUCCCGAACUACGAGCUCGAGCACAGUCACUUUUUGUUAACAUCCAUGAAGUGGACCUACGGUGGGGAAUCACAGAAGUUGAGGCCACUAAAGAAAGCUCUUUGGAGGUCUGCUUAUCUGAAGCUAGCCAGUGUCAGCUUUUUGUAGCAAUUCUGGGAGAACGUUAUGGAUGGUGUCCACAUUUCUAUAAGGUCCCAGAAGAUCCUGCAUUUGACUGGGUUCGAAAGUAUCCUAAAGGAGCUUCUAUUACAGAACUAGAAAUAUACUGUGCUGCACUAUCUAAUCCAGCUGCUGCAAGAGAAAAAGCCUUCUUCUACUUUAGAGACCCCCAGUUUCAGAACACAGUACCAAAUGGUUGGAAAAAAGACUUCACAACUGAGGAUUCAUUUUCCAAAGAGAAGAUGACACAGCUGAAGAUGAACAUUUGUAAAAGUGGUUUUGAAGUACUUGAUAGUUAUCCAUGUAGAUGGGGUGGAGUUGUGGGUGGUUUUCCUGUAGUUGCUAAUCUAGAAGAAUUUGGACAGAGGGUGUUGGAUAACUUGUGGAAUGCAGUGACAAAGUUCUAUUGCCCAAAGGAUACACUAGAAGAAGCGAGUGAAGAUGUUAUACAUGAAUGUUUUGCUGAGAGAUACCUCAAGUACCCAGUUUGCUGGAAGGAAGAAUUCAAACAGUGUCUUGGUGGAUUGAAAAGUUGUAAUGGAACUAUUGUUAUCUCUGGGAAGCCUGGUAGUGGAAAGACCACUUUUAUGUCACACCUCAGUAAAAAGAUCAAAGAUCAUCCCAUUGUGACUCAUUUUGUAGGAGCAGAUUCUCAGUCUGCUAAUUUGAACAACCUUCUUCUGCACAUUUUGAACAGCGUCUGCUCCAAGCUGAGCCUCACCUGUUCCCUGCCCAAAAACAAACAAGAAGCACAACAUCAGUUCCUGGAAGUUCUGCGAGAAGCAGUUUCUGUUUCUUCAAGUAAGACACUUCUGAUCCUUAUAGAUGGUUUAGACCAAUUAUCAGAUGAAGGACAGUCUCCAAAUCUAGACUGGCUACCUCAAGACUUACCUACCGGAGUGAAAAUAGUCUGUAGUGUAUCAGAAGAUUCUUCUACAUAUUGCACCUUUUUAGAUAGAAUGAAAGCAGGUUCUUCUGUAAUGUUCAUUUCACUGAAACAGCUUUGUUUGUCAGAACGUAAAAGUGUUGUUACUAUGCUACUUGAGCCGUAUCGCAAGUCCCUGGAUGAAAGCCCAUUUAAUAAUCAAAUGCUACUACUGGUCAGUAAGAGUGAUGCAUCUCAGCCUUUGUAUCUCUCCUUAGCCUGUGAGGAGCUCCGAGCUUUUGGAGGUUAUGAAAAUCUUACUGCCCAGUUAAGAAGCUUGCCUCAAACAUUACCAUCAUUAUUACAAGAAAUGGUACAGAAUAUAGAGAAAGAACAUGGUCUUCAGCUGGUUCAGAUGGCUUUUCUGUACUUGGCAUUAACACCUUAUGGUCUGGAAGAGAGAGAACUUCAUACUCUGCUCAGCAUCCAGGACACGUUACCUUCCGUUGGUCUGGGUUUGGAUGACUUUAAGCAGAAGAUUAGUACACUGAAACCAGAUGCCAUGAUUCCACCAGCUUUAUUUUCCAAAUUGGUUUUGUCACUACGUAGAUUUCUGCACCCUACAGGAGACCAGUGUGGAGAUGUAUUACGUCUGUCUCAUGUGGAAAUUAAAAAAGCAGUACAGGUUCGAUACCUAAACUCUCUUAGAAAACAACAGGAUGUUAAUCUCCAUUAUAUUCUAGCAGCUCUAAUGUUACAUAAGGCUGACCCUCAAGGCUCUAAAACCUGGACAGGUAAAUGGCCAGAAGCUUUUCAGGCCCUUCCAUACCAUUUAUGCAGGGCAUCUUGCACUAAAUAUCUAUCAGAAAUCUUCUGUGACCUCAGCUUUAUUGAGGCUUAUUUUCGACUUGGUCAAGGAUCAUGCUUGCUGGACAAUUUCAACUCUUUGCUUAUCACUGGGAUAUCAACAGUAAAAACAUUUAACAAAGAUGAGAAUUUGAACAAAAAAGUUUCAGCUUACUACCAGUUUAUAUCUCGAAACCUUCACAUUUUGUUGAGGUACCCCAGUUUGGUACGACAACAGGCCCUUAAUGAACCAGACUCUUCGUGCGUGUAUACUGAUGCAGUACAAAAUACAUCGGCUUGGGCCAUCCACUGGUUAACAAGGCCUCAGUUCCCUGAACCCCUUAGGUUGACAUUAUCUGAAUUCAGAGAGCCAAUACAGUGUCUGGCAGUUUCAAGGAAGGGUGAUAUUGCUGGUUUAGGAGGACAGGAUGGUGUAAUAAGACUUAUAGAUGUCCAAACUGGUUCUAUAAAACGUACAUUAACAGGCCACAUUCAGAAAAUAACAAGUAUAUGUUUUGUGGGAAAUGACAAGUUAUGCAGUUCUUCAGUAGAUAAAAGCUUAUGUUUGUGGGACAUAACAAGAGGAUAUAGAAUUGGAGUUUUAGAUGGUCACAUAAGAAGUGUAACUUCCUGUGCUUCUGAUCCUGAUGGAACCACCAUUGUUUCUACAGGAUGGGACAAAACAAUAAGAAUCUGGAGUGGGAAAGACUGUAGAGAAAUUACCUGUAUUAAACAGAACAAGAAACCAGUCAGCUGUAUAGAUUUUCAUCCAGAGAAGCAGCUACUGGUUAGUGGAGGAUGGGACCAAACAGUUAAACUGUGGGAUCUUGUUACAGUUAGAAGAAAAGCAAUCCUCCAUGGUCAUAAAGGGUCUGUGCAAUUUGUGGCUUUUAGCACUAGUGGUCAACAUAUUGUGUCAUCAUCAUCCAGAAUGGAAGUAUUCCUGUGGUCAGCAUCUCAAGGUACUCGGAUUGGUAAAAUGGAAGGUCAUAUUCUUCCUGUCACAUGUGCAUCUUUUUCAAUUUCGGAGGACAUUAUGAUCACAGGGAGUAAAGAUAGAACCUUAAAGGUAUGGAUCAGUUACAGCAAGGCUGUUGUACACACCAUACCUCAAUCAGUUUUAUCUUCAACUCCAACUUGUAUGAUCUUUUUGGAUAUUUCUUAUGUUGCUGUUGGACAAGAAACUGGAGAAGUCUGUCUGUUUGAUACACAAAAAGGUGCUCUGUUUUGGAAAAAAAUGCUAGUUAGAGACUCUGUCAACUGCAUUAGCUCUUUUAAGAAACCCUCUUCUGGUACUCUAUGUGGAAUAUGUGUUGCAUCUAAAACUGGACAGAUAAAGGUGGUCUUGCUAGAGGAUGGGUCAAACCUGUUAGAUAUACAAGCACUGCAAGUACGAAGAAUGAUAACUAGCUUGAGUCAAGUUGGAAGGUACCUUGUAGCAGGCUACCAGGAUGGAACUGUUUGCUUGUUCAGUUGUAAAGGCAAAAAUCGGGGUGCUGUACUUAGUACUGUGACUGCACACGAAGGACCUAUUUCAGGAUUUGCCAUGCUGAACGAUGAUCUGUUCUUCACAACAAGUUUAGAUCGAAAAGUGAAUAAGUGGAAGGUGGUUGUAGCUGAUUCAGAGACAGAAGGUAACACAUCUGUAAACCUUGUUUUAGAACAGUCUCUAAACGACUACCAUUUAGACUGGAUCACAUCCUGCAGUUUAAAGGAUAAUUUCUUGGUUACUGGAAGUGCAGAUGCUUCUGUGAGAGUUUGGGAUGUUAAAACAGAGAAGGAACCCUGUGUGUUGUAUGGACUACAAUCUUCUGUUGUUUAUGUAGCAAAAGAGGGAGGUUACAUCUUUGCUGGAUGUGCUGAUGGUUCAUCUGCAUUAUGGAAUAUAAAUGGAAAUUUGAUCACCAGUCUACCUUCAUUAUAUUUCCAAAAAAACUACCCAGCUUUUAUCUUGCAGAAAGAGGAUGAAAACACAAGUAAAGAAAAUCGAUUCAGGGUCCUGAUUGCAACGACAGAGGAAGAUGGUUCUAUUACAAUCAGGAAACCUUUUUCAAGGAUAGCAAAGAGCACCUUGUAUGGACAUAGUGAGCCGGUACUGGGAUGUGCUAUGAUAGCCAAUGAACAGUUAGUCUCAACUUCUCAAGAUCGAACUGUGAAGUUUUGGAACUUAAAGAUUUUAACAGAUGAUAAUUCUAAACACCACAAGGGCCAAGUGAAAGUGGUGAGGAUUUCAGACAAUGGGGGUCACAUUCUCAGUGGAGAUGAGUUGGGAAAACUGGUAAUAUGGGAGCUGACUAGAAACAAUAGCUUAUUUGUCAUCAGUUACUGUGGGCAUGAAGAGUGGACAAAAGGAAGCAUAACAACAGCAGUUUUUGUACACCCAGAAGGGAAGCAAGUACUGUGUACUGUCAGCCAGCACACCAUGGAAGGAAAGGAAUCAUUUUUGAUCUCUAUUAAAGUGGAAUUUCCUACCCCAAACAAGCCUAAUUCAUUGUUCUCUUUAAAAAUUCAGAAUCAGCACAAGUUAGUGGAUGAAGGUAUCACCAUGAAUUAUGCAUCAAGGAUAGAUUGUGUUGCUAUAGGCACCCGACAAGGUUAUCUCUAUCUAACAGACAAAACUUGUAGAAGCCUGAGAACCAUCCAUUUAAUGGACAAAUGGCUCACUGCUUUAGGUUUAAUACCAGGAGACACUCUAGGUAUGUUCAUUGCUGAUGAAAAAGGUGACAUAUUAUCCUGUGAUGACAUCUACAAUAAUCCUCAGCCUUUGUGCAAAGUGGUGUCGCAGAUAACUUCAACAGAAGGCCAAGUUACUAAAGGUGUAUGGCCAACAGCACUCCUCACCACUGCUGAUGGAGCUGUGUUUGUUGGAGAUGUGCAAGGCUUUGUCACAGUAAUCAGGGAAGGUACUACUACAGUUGUUAGAAUGCACACAAAAUCUGUGACAGCUAUAUGCUGUACAGAAAAUCUUUUAUUUACAUCUUCCCUUGAUGGAACAUUGAAGGUGUGGGAUCUAUUCAGUCAGAAACAGCUGGGACAGUUCCAUAUGCCAGUACCUAUCAGUGCAGUUUCGGUGCAUUCUUGUGGCCGUAAGCUGUUAAGAACGGUUGGCAACAUUCUUAUUGUCUGUGGCACAGCCAGUGGUCAUGUUCAUUUACUUUUGUGGAAAAACAUUGGUGAAUAAUACUAGGAGUUAAACCCCUCCCUUGUUGUGCACUACAUUACUUCAGAUACACAUAUAUAUUAAUUUGGUUUCAGUAAUCUUGUGGUACAUUAUUUAUGUGAUAAUGGGUUAAAUAUUAUGAUAUAAAAAAAA